ACCACACGAGCAGACGAAGCGCCGCUGGGCGCUGGCAAGUCCGGCUUUCCCAUCCCCCACUUCUCCGCGCCGCCUCCAGAUCGAGCGCGCUAGGGUUUCUUCCUCUGCCCCUCGCCCGCCGCCGAUGGCCCAGCGCUCGCGCUCGCGCUCGAGGGCGCGGCGGGACCCAGACCUGGACGAAGAUGGUUCCCCGCCUUCCCGGCAGCCGCGCCCCGGCGCCGGCGACGAGGACGACGAGGACGACGAGCUGGGGAACGAGGACCUCAGCCUGGAGAUCGUCGCGCGCGCGCAGCGGAAGCAGCGCGGGGCGUCCGGCGCCGGGGUGCCCGGGUUCGCCGACCUGCUAUCGGUGUCCUCGGGCGACGAGGAGGUCGACGAGGACGCCGUGGUGGAGCUCGCUGAGGCGGAUGAGCCCCGGAGGAAACAGAAGAAGAAGAAGGAGCGCCGGAAGCAGAGGAAGAAGCAUCGGAAGGAGGCGACCGAGGUUGCUGCUGCGGCGGUGGCCGUAGAGGAGGAAGAGAAGGAGGUUUGUAGCACCCAGGAGGGGCCAAUUGGGACAGCCGACUCGGUGCUUACUGAAGAUGGGGCUGAUGUCCCUGCAUCUGACAAUAUGGUUCUGCGGAAGCUCCUUCGCAUACCAAGAUACUUUGAUCCUGGGGAAACAUUGUUGGAUACUUGCUUUAAUUGUAGUGAGGAAGGACAUGUUGCUGCAAACUGCCCAAUGGAAAAGCGGAAGAAGCCUUGCUUUGUUUGUGGGUUGUUCGGGCACAAUGCAAAGCAGUGCACGCAGGGUCAAGACUGUUUCAUCUGCAAAAAAGGAGGCCAUAUGGCGAAAGACUGCCCUGAUAAGCACAAGAGGAAUGAUCAUCAAUCCACAUUAUGUUUAAGAUGUGGAGAAACAGGUCAUGAUAUGUUUGGAUGUACCAAUGAUUACCCACAAGAUGAUAUUGAGCAAAUAAGAUGCUACGUGUGUAAUCAGAAGGGCCAUCUAUGUUGUUCCGACUUCUCUGACAAUUGUCCAAAACAAAUUAGCUGUUAUAAUUGUGCUCAAUCUGGUCAUUCUGGUCUGGGAUGUGCCAAGCAACGCAGGGAAACUAGUGCUGCCACAAGUCCAACCUUAUGCUACAAAUGUGGUGAGGAAGGUCACUUCGCACGUGGCUGCACAAAGAAUGCCAAGUCCAAUCGGUCGAAAGGCAAGUCAUCAUCACACAGUCAGAGGAAGGAAAAAUGGAAAAAGGAUGCCAGUGCUAGAUCAGCUCCUCAUGAUGCCCGUAAAACAAGCAAAAGGAAAAGUCCCCAUUUUGAGGAAAGAAUGGACACACCUCGUCAUAAAUCCAAAUCAAGAGGUGGGUGGACUGGUGGUGAUGAUGAUGAUCUACCAUUGAAGAAGUACAAAUCCAAUGGGUGGGGUUCUCCAUCUACUCCCAAGAAGUCUUACACAAAUCACCAAUUCUUGUCUGGUGGCGACUACUUCACUCCCCAGUCUUCACGAAGGCACAACCAUGGCACCACGUCACCGAGCUCAAAUUAUUCACCCAGUGCUAGGAAACAUGGGUUCUCGUCAUCAAGAUUCGCCACCAGCAACACCCAUGUCCGGUUUGGAAAAAUUUAGCUGGAUGCAUGUGCCUGAUUUUGUUGUUUGUUUAGCCAUAGCCCAUAGAUAGCAAUUAUCUCCUGGGGAUGAACUCAACUGUUGCUUCAUGCCCUUUGAUAGUUGUUUUGUCUGAGAUUAUAUAUGUAACCGCGGUUCAAACUAUUUUUUUCUAUACUGUGAGCAAAGCUUCCAUGGCAUGGCGUUGCCCUCCAAAUAAUGCUGGUUCAUGCCCUUUGAUA